AGUUGGUCAUAACGGAAAACCACGUAAUCCUUAAUCGUGACCACGUACUUCUUGAUGAAACAAACUCAAACGACAACAGUGUGUCUGAGCGAGACGGCAAUCAAUCGACGACAAAAAUGAAUGAAACUCAAGAAGCAGGAAUUCUCAAGGAAAGUGUUGAGUCUAUUUUAGAAUACGAAAGACAAAGAUUGCAGGUUUUAAAAGAGUUGUCAAUGGGUCUUACAAAAUCAAAUAAGUUUGCAAGUGACCACGAAGAAAACAAUGCACAACUCACUGAAAUUGUUUUGGAUGACGAACCUGUGAAAAGAGAACAGGUUUUUAAUUUUUCAGAAAUGUGUUCAGAACAUACCAUGCCAAUUAAACAUUUUUGUCAGUUUCAUAAACAACUUUGUUGUGAUGUUUGCAAAUUUGUGAAUCACAGACUGUGUUCAACAAACGUGAAUUUUUUACCAAGUUUAAUCGAGCGUGGGGAUGCUCUUAAAGCUCCGUUCAGAGAUAUAGAAGCACAGGUCAGAGAUUUUAAAGAAUACGAUAGAAAACUGCAAGGUGAUUUGAAGCAGUUACGGAAAUCUAAAGAUAUAUUUCUUCACGAUUUGAAGGAACAGAAACGCGAUAUCCUGAACUGGAUAAAUCUCAUGGAGGUAAGAGCUAUAAGAAGACUGGAAAUUACUUUCGACAAAUGCAAGAGAGACAUUGAGGCAAAGAGAAGGAAAGCCAGGCAAGCGUGCGAGAGUCUCAGGGCUGAAAUAUAUUUUCUUAAAGAAAUCAUGACUGACAAUAGCCACGAGGACAUAUACAGGUUUAUUAAGAUCAAACGAGCGGAAAAUAACAUUGAGGAGAUAAGGAAGAAAAAAGAGCCACGAAAUCUUAUGGCCUCUAGGUUCAAACUGAAUUUGAAUAAGGAAUUUGACGAAAUAAAGAGAAAUGCUGAUCAAUUGUUUGAAAUUGGAAUUGAGAAGAAUGGUGAAACGAAAUACAACAUUCGAUUGAAAGAAGACGAAAAUGUGUCCAACAUUACCGGAUGUGACGUCAUGUCGUCUGGUGCGCUCGCCCUUGCGGACAGUAAUAACGCGAGGGUCAAAUUGUUCAAUUCGCAGAUAAAGCUUAUUGGACGGCUGUCCAUAUCGGGCGGCGUGUUUGAUUUGACAAGUAUCGGACCCAAUGCACUAGCCGUCACCUGUCCUUUGAAAGGAGCCAUUAACAUUGUUCAGGUACGACCGGAAAUGGAAAUUGUUAAGACACUGUCAACAGGGCCAGGUACGUGUUGGGGCGUGAGGCACCACGAUGGUCUGUUCGUGGUUAAUUGCUCAGCAUCCGGUCGGUCCUUAAUUAGAGGGAUUGACAUCGAAUCGUCAAUUCUGUUCCAAAUUAAUACGAAAUGCAAUUUCUUUUCGGACAUUCAGUUUCCGGAUGAAGGCAUUCCUCGCAUUUUGAUUGCAUCUGUGACGUCAUACACAGAAGGAAACGAGACGGACAAGAUGCUAUUUUUCGACGAGUACCACGACCCACAGAGAUCUGAUGUUGUUGUAAGGGAAUAUAACUUGUUAAAGAGUUUGCACACGCGCGGUGUGACGUCAGAUCGCUGUGGUAAUAUUGUCGUCUGCUGUAAGGACGUGGACCAAAUUUACACCAUUUCCAGUUCCGGUGGUGACGAGGCGGAGCUGCUUCUAGCGGAACCAGACGGCCUUGCUGCACCACAAGCGAUAUGCUACAAUCAGGACAAGACUCAUCUGUUUGUUUCGUCAGAAAAUACGGACUUUAUUCAAAUAUUCGAUUUUGAACGCUGAAACAUUAAGAUAGUAUUUAUAUGUGCGCACAAUAUUGGCUUAUUAUCUCAUCCUUAGCAGAGAACAAAAUCGUUGAACUAUUCAGACACAUAUAAAUGACACAUAUAAAUGAGCAUGGCGUGAUAUAUACAAUAAAAUAAAAGAAAUGCAUUAUAACAUGUAACCCGUUUCUCUUGAAAUCUUGAAUAUUGAAAAUAAAAGACGUAUUUGCUUGUGUAACUGUUUUUUAUGUCCGUGUAGGCUAAUUACAACACGGUUGGUUUCUUUCGAUAAAUUUUGAUUAGAGAAAUGCGUUCAUUACACGUGCUUGCAGACUUCCGCAUGCAUUUAUCCGCAUUGAAACGGUUCGUAUGUGUUUCAUAACGUAUUAAGAAGUUUAUUGGUCAAAUUCCGACAAAAAAGCUUAAAAAUUGGCAGUAAGACUGAUAUAUAAACUGCAGAUCCAUUAUCAGCCUUUUGAUUUCAGAACAAACUGACAUAAUAUGUUGUUGUCUAAAAUACUGCAAUAACUAAAAUAACUUGGGGCACUUUGACUUCUCAAAGUGCUCACUUUUUUAAUUGAGGAUUUUGGACAAUAGGAAAAUUCAGUUUACUUUGUUGGAGAACUUACGUACGGUGUACCGUUGUCUAAUGGCCAAGUAUAGCCCCAUUCAGAACGAUAGAGAAAAACUUAUUAGCCUAUAGACAACACUACAAGGUGUACUAUGGCGUGAUCUGAACAAUAGUUUGAAACGUAAAUGAAAACAAAUAUUUUUCUGUGCUGAGGUUCAUAACUAGAUAUAAUUCAACGAGUAGUGUGAAAACGAUCAUUCGGUGUUGUUAUUUUUCCAUCACAAAGAUAAGCGAGCACUGCGCAAGAAUAACAUGAACGAUCCGGAUUUUUGUAUAACUAGUAUCCAAACACAAACAGACAAAUGCAAAUUGGAGAAAGGAUACAAUACACCUGUACAUGAUUUAAUGUAAGCGCAUUUUUGGGGAUCGUAGUGAUAUUUAUGAAUAUCUGUAUUACCAUUCACCGUUUCACCGACUGCUGUUGACAAAUCUACUCGAGCGGUAAAUUUUGGACUUCAUCAUAACAUCAAUCAAAACUUUAUGCGCAGUUUAUUCAGAUUUUAAGUUACCAUUAUAUGAAACAUUGAAAGCGUUUGCCAGUGAAUUUAUAGACGAAUUGAAUAGAUGGAGAAAAUCAAUUUCAAAUAUCGUUCGUAAUUGAAUGAAAACGCGUAAAGAUCUAGUGAUGUUUGAAUGAAACCUAAGACUGGAUUGUGGGUAAGCAAGUAAAGUGUAGAAACUUCAGCGGGUUAAUGGUAUAACAAAUACUCAUAUUUGCAAUUUUAAAAAUGGUGAAACUUGUGAUUAAAUGUUCUUCUUACAAAAACCUGUUAUCGUGUUGAGCAAAAUGGUUUCUAUACUGUUGUGAACGGAUGAGCUGAGGCUUGCGUUAUAAUACAACACGCACGUGUGCAUGUGUUUAAAACUAUGUUUAGGACGUAUUAAAACUGUAACGUCAUAUUGUGAGAUACAACUCUUAAACUUGUGUUUUUCCCCGGAACCGGAAACUUAUGGCGAGCGGCGAGUUUCACCCGGUGAGCGUCCCCCGGCCCUCCAGUGCCCUGCUGUGGUCCGAAAAAUCGCUCAAUCUAGAGGCGCUCCUCAAGGAAUCCACACUUCCGGUCGUGGUGAAGAUGAACGCCGCCGACGACAGCAGCAAAUUGAAGAAGGACGCGGGUACACUGCUGCAGCAGCCGCUGCUAUUGUUCAAGGAAUCGAAGGGUUUCAAGGUGAUUGCUAAGAACGUGUCCAGUCUGGUUGCCGUGCGCACGUCACGUGAUGGCGUGCAGUACCGCGAGGGAGGGGCCACCAUUGUCAUACCUGUCCAGUAUCCAGGCUGGUUUCGAGUCCUGGAGGAGGACACGGUCCCUAUCCUCAGCGUCUCAAACCUCGCCCGGGUCAUGCCGACCUCUUUCUUGUCCGCCAAGCGCGUGCCCGGCUUUUCGCUGCUGGAUCCGCUCAUCCGGAAGGACAUCAUGUACGAGCGCCUGGAAUUCCCGCCGGGAGUCUUCACACUUCAUAGCGUGUUCGAGGACCACGUGAAGUACACCACCACGAAAAACACGGUUAAGAGGAAACUCCUGCGAUGCCUCGUCUGUGUCACCGGCGAGGGUUUGGAUCUGCUGAUUCCCUUCGACGUCACUGGGGAGUUUUAUGUUGUUGAACACCGGAACCCCAACGCUAAGACUGCUAAGGCGGAUAAAAACGCGUGCGCAUACACUUUAAAACAGUUGAUCGCCAUGGGCGUGUUUACACGUCCGCUUGUGUUGAAACUUCUUAUUGGCGAUCCGCCGAGUAAGCCAUGUGGUUUCACGGGUGUGAUGAAAGUUGUGGAUAUUGUUAAAGACUGGACAGUAAUAGCACAGACUCUGGACGGUAACCGCAAGUUACUGGAACUUCCGGUUUUGCCGUUUCCAGAAUUUGCACAAUCCACGAACGGUAAGGACUUACUAGAAUCUGGUUCCCUUCGCGCUGAGCUCAAUCACUUACGGAGCGGGAUCGCAGACCAAUACGCGAAAGAGAUUAAAGUGAAGACAAGUUUAAGCCUGAAACCCACCAAGCCUCAGGCGGGAGAGACUCGACUUCCGGUACUGAACGGAGCAAGCGCUGCACAGGAUAAACCGUUUAAACAAAAAACUAAAACUAAGAAGUAGAUAUUUUUGCGCCGUUCAAUAUUGCACUAUACAAAAGUCGUGUAUUCUUCAUGCAUAACCGUGAUUGUUCCGAUGAUAGCAUAAAGUGAAAAUAAAAUAUAGCAGAUAACAAA